AUGAAGGAUCGUAAAGAGUUAUGGAAGUCUCUACAAGAUUUUUUCGAUCAUCAGAAAGAUAUAUCACUUCCACUUGCUCGGGAUAAAUGGCAAAGUCUGAGAUUUCAAGAUUUCGACAAAGUGAUGAAUUACAAUUCUGAUGUGUUAGGAAUUGUGGCUAAAUUGAGAUACUAUGGUGAAACCAUGACUGAAUCUAAAAUGCUUGAGAAGACAUACACCACAUUAAUCAAAAGCCAGAUAUCACUACAACAACAAUAUAGGUUGCGAGGAUAUACCGAGUUUUUAGAUUUGAUUGUGGCGCUUCUCAUAGCAGAAAAGAACAAUGAGCUUCUGAUCAAGAAUCACAUGACUCGUCCAACUGGUUCCAAGGCGUUUCCUGAAGCAAACGCAUUAAAUGCAAAGAAACCAAUGAAUGAAAAUAAAGGCUUUGUGGAGCCGUAUUCCAUCAAAGGGAAAGGAAAAGUGGUAAACUUUGCAGAACAUUCUGAGGGUACAACGGAUCUCGAUGCGUCUGACAUUGCGAAUGAUUUUGAUGAAACCGCUAUCAUAGAAGCUUAA